GCGGCCACGCCGCCGCCGAUCCCUUUCGUCUCCCCGCGGCCAUCCUCCAGCUUUCGUCCCUCGGUCCACCGACCGAAUCCGAUCGCCUGGGCCUCCAGGCGGGCGAUGGGCGACCACUACCAGACGCUGGGGCUCCGGCGCGAUGCCACCAAGGCCGAGGUCAAGGCCGCCUUUCGCCGCAGCGCGCUCCGCGACCAUCCCGACCGCCACGCCAGCUCCACCGACGCGGCCGCCCGCGCAGACGCCGCGCGCCGGUUCCGCCAGGCGUCCGAUGCGUACGACGUCCUCUCCGACGACCGACGACGCGCCGAGUACGAUCUCCGCCUUCGCGGCUCCGCAUCAUCCUACGCGCGCACCUCCUCCUCCGGCUGGGCGUCGUCGUCGUCGGCUGCCUACGGGUACGGCCAGGGCGGUGGUUCGUGGCGGCGGACGCCUCCGGGAGCAGGGGCCGGCGCGUCGGCGGGAUCAAUUGAUUGGGAAUUCCUGCUGAAAGCGGUCACUCGGCGAGGGUUCCUUAUCAAUCUGGGUUUCGCCAGUGUAUUGCUAUCUGGAGCAGCUUUUCUGGAUGGGAGUAUUCUAGAAAUUUGGAAGAUGAAUAACUCUGGGACUGUGCUGGUAUUUUUGCUGUGCAGAAAUCAUUUGACGAUGCGAUGGAGUCGAUUGAGAAGGUGAAAAGGACGCAUAAAGGAGAUAGGUAGUAGAAGGUCCUGUGUCCAUGAAUUCUCGGUACAUAUACUGACGUGUAAACCGGUGUGCAUAUUGCUGUCCAGAUCCGAUGUUCCUCUGUACUACGUAUUAGUUCUGAUUUCUGAAUAUGUCUUUGACGAAGUUGUGGUUGGUCCUUGUAAGACCAUGUGGGGUCUGCAUUCACCCUUCACAUAUAGAAACUGUACCUGUAAUUCUUUUGUGGAUGAAAAUAAGUAAUCGUGUUGAAUAAAUGAAUGUAAUUCACGUA